AAUUUUCUAAUGGCGGGGGCGGCUGGAUUCACAGUGUGGCCUUUUCACCGAGUGGAGAGGCAUUAGCCAUCACCGGACAUGAUUCGCAAAUCACUAUCGUUAACGCUGGCGGCGGUGAACAAGCCAUCAGAAUAUCCAGUUUACCAUAUUUGAGCCUACUUUGGGUAACCGAAGAUAAAUUGAUAGCUGCGGGUCAUGAUUGUGUUCCGGUGUUAUUUGAGAAACAGAAUGAUCAAUGGAAAAUUUCCAAAGUAAUCGACGCCAGUAAGAAAAAGGUGGUUGGCGAAUCGACUGCGUUCAAUAGAUUUCGUGAUUGGGACACGCGUGGAAUCUCUUCACGUUCUGAGGAAACAGAAUUGAACACUGUUCACCAGAACGCCAUCACGUAUGUAUUAAAGAAGGAAGUUCAAGCCAUCUUCAUAACCUUUGGUGUAAUUAACAUUUCCACGUUAAAUUUUAAG